CCCAGAUACGUUGAGCAAUUGGCGCCAACCGGACGCGUUUCAGGUGUUUCUCGUCGUAAGUGAGUUCAUACCCCGAACGGAGAACUGCCUUCCGAGUAGUGUGUCCGUCCGAGAAGAGAUGUUAUAGCCGAUACUUGUGACUGCAAUCUUUUACAAAUCGAUCGUUUCGCCAAUUGGACGUGUUUUGGCCUUGCUCUUUAAUAUCCUAUCUCUCUGAUUGUUAUUCGGUUCAUUAUAAAUGCGAACCAUACGACUGUUACCAUAUUAGUUCGUCUCAGUGUCUCUGCUGUUUAAUAGAUCGUGCAAAUAGCUGAAUCCAGUUAGCAGAUAGGUGACAAAAAGUGUGAUUCGUGAAAGCUUUUAAAAUUCUGAAAUAAUGAAUUUCAUUUGCUACUGAUGGUUUUGCUAAAAAUUUUAAUGAAAUCGCAAAAGUGGUACUGUGUAAUAACGACGGAAGUGAUCUUUGUGAUAAGAAAGUGCAGGAAGUUUUCUUGGAGAGUUUCUUAGUCAAUACAAUUGACGGAGAGUGCACAGCUUAGAAAAAGCAAAAAAAAAAGUCAACCAGCAAAUAUGGAUGCUGGAGAUUGGUAUCUGACGGUGGCGCUGUUGCUAUUCCGAUUAGUCGGAUUGAUCAAUGGGUCAACGGUAGCAUCGGAGGAGCCACAUUUGCUAGGAACUGUUCUCACAGAGGAGCUCAAUGUCGAAGAGGAGAAAGCUGCAAAUGUUACAUCCGUGGAUUUUCGCAACCAGGAAGCAUCAACAGUUGGUCAUCAAAUAAAGGGAGACGUAGAAUCUUCAACAAUCAGCGUGCUCCAAACGACAAGUCUGCGGGAUAUUCAUACAGUAACUCCAACAAUGGAUCUGAUCACUAUUAUUUGGUACGUGGCUACAUUGAUAGCUCUGAUAUCGUUCUUCGUGGUAAUGGCAUGCGCAGACACGAAUAGGUGCUUCACCCCAAAGCCACCGGAAGUAGAAAUUCCUGUACCUCCAACGCCAGCUCCAUCAUACCGGCUGUUUGCUCCGCCAAGCUAUGAAUCCGUCAUCGAAAAGAGGCCUGAUAGUAUCUUCAUCAUACCGAUUGAUGACUACAAUAGACGAGAACAGUUCACUGAUCUUCUAGUGGCAAAUCUUUCCGACGUUAUGGAACCUGUGGAGCCGUCUGCCAAUGUUCGAAGUGAAAGUGUGGAAACUAGUGGUGAUCCUCGCCGAUCUAGGAAUUCAUUGUCAAUUACUGUAUGAAGUUCAAAAGGAUCAGAAAUGCUCAAGAAGCUCAGGAUUAAAGUACACGAAUGCAUUGUAAAGUGGAGCGAAUACAGUUUUUCCACAAGAGAAAUUAUGUUAUAUCCAUAUUUUCCAAUAGUGAUGAUUCUAAAUAGUUGAGCAGAUGCAUAGUUCUGGCAAAGCCUUGUGAAUGAUUGGUGUGACAACAAACUGAAGAAUGUUCUAAUCUAAUUUUUGUGAAACCAAAAACUAGUGUUUAAUCGAGAAUAUGAGAAUACGAAGCGUUUGAAACAAAUGACUAGGAAGAUAAUAAUUCAAAAAUGUUGUGACUUUAUUGAAAAUUCAUUCUUUAACCUUUUAGUCAACAACUCUUCCCAGUCAUGCAAUGAAUCAAUCAUGAGCAUCAGACAGCAGUGGAACAUAAAUGUGAUCUGAUCAAACUAUUGGAAAAGCUGUAUUUGACAGUGGACACUUCACAGUGAGGCAAGAAAUGUCGGGAACGAUGAUUUGGCGUACAUCGAGAAACACAUUUCACAAAGGUGACCUGUGCAGUCGAUAUUAGUCGCAAUAUAUUUGCGCAAUGCGUCACGAUCGUUCGCGCACAAGUAUACGCUAAUCGGGUGCGAUUCGAAAUUAUCUUGUGUUGAUAAUGAUGAACGAUAACUGGUUUUCCCGCAACUGAAUGCAGUAUUAGUGCAGAAUUCUGUUUAUAAGACAUGACUGAUCGCGGUGAGCCGUAAUCACGACAGCGACAAUCAUUUUAAUUGCUAAUUAGUUUACACACCCCCACGACUGACUAUCUAGACGAUUUUGAAUGUAAGAUGUGAUAAUACAUGUUUUGAUUAAGAAUAGUUAUAUGAUGUAUUGUACUUAGAAAUAAGUGACGAAAGGCAAUGAAAACAAUGUGCAUUAAUAACCAA